AUUUUCCACCAAUGACGUGCCGACAGACAACCCGUAAAAGUAAAUAUGGCCGAUAUCUGACAGAAAACGAAGUGUUUUUAUUGAUAAUGUAGAAAAUAAUGUCAGUCGAUUUGCGAGUAAAAAGCCAGAGAGACACGCUAAUAUCUAGUGAAUAGUUUUAUAUAAGUUGAUGUAAAUAGAUAUUAAUAUGGAUUCGUUCGUUACGCUAAUAGUCAAGGCUCCAAAUCAACAAAUCGAAGAUCAGACGAUAAAAUGCGAAAUUACAUGGACGAUUAGAAAAUUAAAGCAACAUUUAUCAGAAGUUUACCCUAGCAAACCACCCAAGCACGAACAGAAACUAAUCUACUCGGGCCAGCUACUGAACGACUCGGUCACCUUGAAGGACAUCCUGAGACAGUACGAAGGCCAGGAGACCCACACGGUGCACCUCGUGUGCGCCUCGAAAUACAUAAAAACCGUACCGGACGCCCAACCGGUCGCCCAAUCCACCCCGCCCGCCCAACCCCAAAAUGCGGACGAGACGCCGCCGCCCGCCGCCCCCCAACCCACCGACGCCGGCCCCUCCAGGCCCACCGAAGGCCCCACGAACGCCCCCUUUUUCAACCUAAACAACGGCAACAUCGACGCCAAUCAAUACGCCAUGCAAAUGGCUUGGAUGCAACAGGCCUAUUUCCAGUACAUGGCGCAAUACAUGCAACUUGCUGCUAAUUCGUAUGGAGCAGCCGGUCAACCGGCGGCGACGCCGGCGGAGGCGGGGGACGCCCAGCACAGGCAGCCGGCGCCGGAGGAAGCGGCGGCGGCGGCGGCGGCGGGGCCGGCGGCGGCCCGCGACCCGGACGUGAACCCGGAGCGCGACUGGCUGGAGGUGUUCUACAUGCUGACGCGGGCGACGGUGCUCUUCAUCGUCAUCUACUUCUAUUCGAGCCCGGUGAGGUUCCUGUUUGUGCUGCUGCUCGGCGCCGGGCUGUACCUCUACCAGAUCGGGUUCUUCAGGAACAUGAACAACAACAAUAACAACGUGGAGGGGGCGCCGAGGGGCGGCGGGACGGCGGCCGGCGAGGAGGAGGGCGAUCGGGCGCCGUCGCGUUUCAUGAUCGUUUGGACGUUUUUCGCGACGUUUUUCGCGUCGCUCAUACCGGAAAUUCCGAACGCCAUUUAGUGUCGUUGUAUUCGUUUUUUUUUGGUUUUUUCGAUUUCACCGCGAUAUUCGUACUAUUGGGAGUUUUAGUAAAGGUCUGGCUGGCUGACUGGCUUCGUACAACUGUUACCGUACUGAUAUAAUUACGUUUCGUUUUGGUAUAUUUUUUUUUUGAGCAAACCCAGUUUUUCCAUUGCGAUUGCCAAAUCGAAAUUGUUAUUUUGAAACGUCUCGGGGUUCGUUGUAGCUCUUGAAUAAACUAGAUUUUGUUUUGUUUUGGAAACUUAUUUCAAUUGGUUACGAAUGUUUUUAGUAACUUUUAUUUGAUAAGUCGUAAAGAAUUUCUGUUGUACACGUAAAUGGCAAGGAAAUUUCUUCCCUCGAUAUCUGUAAUUCCUCUAGUCCUCAUUGACCCUUGUAGAUAGAAAAAAAAACAUUUAUAGCAGCAUUGAAAUAUUAUAUUUGCAUCUUUUGCGAAGGGUAAAAGUGUGAAAAUAAUUGAUUUUUUUAUGGUCUACACGAGAUAAAUGGCAAAACAGCAAAGUUUCAUUUUGUGCUUUCGAUCAUUGUACAUAAUAUUUUAUUAUUUAGCUUUAGAGUAUAAAACAUGUGAUUUAAAAUAAUAAAAUGAUUAGAUAAUUUAAUUUUUUUUAUUAAUAUUUAAAAAUAACAUAAUCGUAUAUAUCGUAGGCAUUUUGAAUCUUAUAUUCCUAAUUGUUAAAAAAAUAAUUUUACAAUAGCAAUGCUACCUUUAACAAUGAAGCAAACAUUAAGGCCUCAAUCAUCUGAAUCACUUUCAAUUACAGCCCUUUUCCUUUUUCCCUUGGCCGAAACGAUUUCUUCAUCACUCUCCGCAUUUUCAUUGAAUUUUUCCGGACUAUUACUGUCACUGGUAUCUUCCGUAUUUAGAUUUCUAAAUGAGUCAUUCGACACUCGAGUUGUAUCUAUGAUCAAAGCAUCUGAACUAUUACUGUCAUCAUCGAAUAAAACCGGUUUUUUAUGAGUAAUAUCACUAUUUUCGUUCAAAUGGCCUUCGUUAGUGCCAGCAGUAACAGAAUUUGUUUGAGAUAACCUCGCAUUCGCAAUCACUUCUUCGCUAUUUCCGUUCGAAUCGUCAUUGACCAUUUUUAGCAUAUUAUCCAAAUCCAUUUCUUCAUUUUCGUCCGUUCCGGUUUCAUUCAAAAUUUCGCUAACCACCGAAUCGUUAACCUUCGACAUCUUAGCUUUCCUCAAUUCCAACGCCCUCUUCCUACUUUCCUCUAUUAUCCUCAACUGCUCUUCGGUUAGCUGCGGAUCGUCUUUAUCAGAGGCCACUUUGUCGAAUUGAUCAUCGAGAGACUCCGAAUUCAAUGCUUCAUCAUCGCUCAGCAGAGCCUUCUCCUCUUCCACGGAACUCUCCAA